AUGAAGAGGUGGAGCCUUUACAUUUUCUUUGUUUAUAUAAGGCACACCUUCCUAUUAGUGGUCAGUGGGAAAAUGGAUCCGCCUGUGGUUAACAUGAGCUCUGUGGCAUUUGCCUUGAUUAAUGUGCCUGUUUCGAUGACCACUAAUCUGAUGAAUGUCUUUUUUGUGUACUGUAUGUUUUCUUCAGACCAAGGACCAGCAAGCGGCGUAAAACCGCCUCUUAAUGUUUUACUGUGGUCACUUAUUGGAUGCAGUCUUUUUUAUAACAUUUUAAACCUUUUAUUUGUUUUCUUGGACAUUUUGUAUGCAUCUCAAUGGAUUUACGAUGUUUCAGGAUCUGCUAUUGUUCUUGCCAUGUGGACUGGUUUCACUACCUCACUUUGGCUGAAUGUUUGUUACUUCUUCCAGAUCGUUCCUGUCCAGUGGCCGUUUUUGGUCUGGAUGAAGCAGCACAUCAGGCUCAUUGUGUACUCGGCAUUAUUUGCAGAUAGACUAUUCUUUCUAUCUGAAUUCCUUUUUCGUGUCAUCUUGGAAAUGACUGAAAUUCCUGCAGCAGGAUUUAAUUCAACCAGCGAUCAUGAGAACAUCACCAGCGAAUCAAAUUUAAGACCAGACACAAUUGAAAUCUACAUUACAUAUAUGUCUAUUCGAGGUUGUGUUUUUGUGCUUUGUGUUGUCGUCAUGCUGGCGUCAGGGAUUACGACUGUCAUUUACUUGUGGAAGCACAUGAAGAGAAUGGAGAAAAACAGCACAGUUUUUUCUGUUCUUCGAAACAAGCAGCAGAUGAGAUUGACAAUCAUCGGCAUCAUUCAGACGGUCCUCUUCUCUCUGGGUUUACUGUGGCUUAUGGGAGAAGAGCUCCUUGUGCAUUUUGGUGUUUGUUUGGAUGGAGGACGUUUGCUUCGCUCUGUUAUGGCACUGUACUCUCUUGGGGUGAACAUACUUUUAAUGAUUGGUCAGUCAAAAUACCGCCUGAUGGCCAACAAUAUCUGCAGAAAAGUACAAAGACUGAAACUUACAUUUGCUUAA